AUGGAAGUUGGCAUGCUUUUGACAAGGCGGACAUUUUUUGACGAACUCGACUGCUUCACUUUGCAAGGUUGGCCAAAAAAAAGAGUUGACUACUUGAAGUAUGAUAAUUGUAACAACAAUAAUAUAAGCCCAAAAAGAGAGGUGGCAUUCAGGCGAAUUUGUUGUGGUUUUGAAAUACCACACCAAAUAACUGGAGACAUCAAAGAUAAUUGGGACUCAAUGACAUCUCUUACAGAUCAAAAUGACAAAUGGGCUUCUUAUGCUAGACUUGGAGGAUGGAAUGAUCCUGACAUGCUUGAAGUUGGAAAUGGAGGCAUGACAGAAGAAUACUGUGCUCAUUUUAGCAUAUGGGCAUUAGCUAAGGCUCCUCUAUUGAUUGGUUGUGAUACGCGAGCCCUUGAUAAGACCACAAAGGAACUCCUAAGCAAUUUAGAAGCUAUUGCUGUAAAUAAAGAUAAACUAGGAGUUCAAGAAAAGAAGGUGAAAAGUAAUAAUGGUUUGGAGGGAACACAAACCGCUAGAGACUGUCGCAGUUUCUGUUUGUUGAUACUUGACCAUAAACUGCUACUGCCAAUAGCGAUUUAUAUGUAUUGGGAUACGUGCUUAGACCGCUAG